AAAUUAAAUAUAUCAGCCAUGCUAAAAGGCAAAUGCAUUUAGUCUUCACACCUUGAACAAAGCUUGUGAUAUCUUGGCCCAAUCUUUCAAGCAAUGAGGAUAUUAACCACAGGCUUGUCUGUGCCAAGCUUGAACUGAUAGCAGCAAAAAUGGAAGCCAAUGCUAAGAUAAAGAAAUAUGAGGAGACAGUUAAACACUUGUAUAAACUUUUAAAGAAAGUUUGCCAGGAAAGAGAUGAAGCAAGAGACCAGCUUCAAUUGAUAAGGAAUUUCCAAGCAUCUACUCCAGCUGAGACAAGCAGUACUGUUCCACAAGUUGAUCAUCAUGCAUGCCUCCAAUACAAAACAAAGCCAUCAUUGAAUAGCACCAAGGUAUCAUAUUCAAGUUCCAAAGUAUUCUCAAAUCAUCCAUGUGAUUUAUCCUUGUCAAGUCUCCUGCCAAAUGAGAAACAUUCUUCCACAAGAAUUGCUGAACCAAGCAACUUGACCUUACCAAAGCAACCAAACCAUAUGAAAGCAGACAUAGGUGCUUCAAGAGAUAAUAAUAAUAAUAUGGUUGAUGGUGCUUCGCUAGUGUUUGAUAAACUUGUUUGUGGGAAACCCUUGCCUCAAAAGGGUAGAUUGUUGCAAAGUGUAACAGAAGCUGGACCUUUGCUUCAAACACUUCUAGUUGCUCCUGCUCCACAGUGGCAAAAUCCUCCUUCUUUAUCUUCCUCUGGCCUUAUACUUGGUACACAAGACAAUAGCUCCUCUACUACUAACACCGAUGAUAAGGCAAGUGUUAAUCCAAAUGGAUUCAUUCCAACUUCUUUGAGUUUGGCAUUUCCAGGGAAUUCUCAUGGACCUUCUCAGAUGUCUUCUGCGUCCGGUUUCGGAUUAGCGCUAAAGAAUGAACAGGUGUCAUAUGAGGAUAUGGAUUCCAAUAUGAUGCACAAUCAUGCAUUAACCGGAAAAAAGAGAAAACUUUUGUGAGGCUUGCAGCUCUGUUCCUCCCCCUACUUCAUUUUUGCAUAGUAAUCAGUCUUGCUUUUUUUUAUUAUUUAAAUUUAAAUAGUAUGUGAGAUAAUAGAUAAUAAUCAACCACAUGUAUAAGUUAGCAUCGCUAGGUUAUAAUUGCACUGCUUUGAGCUUUUUCUUGAACUUUUGCUAGAUGAAUGAUGUGAUGUACAUACAAAUGAGACUGUUGAAUGAGACUAAUGACCACGACCAUGACCAUGGUUACUUGGUUAGAAAUAAAUUAUGCAUGUGCUUCCUUCUUA